GCUGCCUUGGUCUCCUCAGCACUGUGGGACUGUCCAGAGGUCCCCAGCUCAGGCCGUGUGUCCGUGUGGGUGUGUCCCCGUGCCUGAUACUGAAGCCCCUCGAGUUCCAGGAGCAUGCUCUCUGCUCAGCCCCCAAUUCCUGACCCAUUGGUGACUCACAGCACUCUGUGCAGCUGCAUCACUGCCCUCAACUGCGCUGUACAGGGGCACCCCAAGGUGGGGCAACACUUGAAGGGAUGGAGGAGGUUAGAGUACACCUAACACUGUCCCCUCCAGCCCAAGGUGGAAUGUGGAUGAACAGCAAGGGGAGCAAGGGAAUUUUUGGGUCCCUAACCUCAUGUUCUCCCCCCGAAGGUGGGGUGACUGAAGAACCAGGGGGUGAUCAGGGAAGACCCCUACAGCCAGGAGGUCCUGACCCACCAUGGCUGGAAGCACAGGACUCGAUGAUCUCUAAAAAGUCCCCUCCGAUCCGAUGUGUUCCAUGAUUCCAUAGCUCUGUUACAACCGGCUGCCAGGGCCAGGUGUUACCUGGCAACAAGAAACAGCACAAACACAGGCACAGGCGUGUGGCUGGGGCUCAGAAAGGCAGAGGAGGAGGAGGAGGAGGAGGAGGAGGAAGGGGGCUGCUGGCUGCCCAUACUCCUAACUUGCUGGGUUCCCUCUGAGCACAAACGCUCCCAUUCACCCAGGACAGGUGCUGUGUUUUGGGGCAGGGCACAAGCCAUGGCCUCAGUCAGUCUGUUGCAGCUGCUGGAUGAUGCCAUCGGGACGCCUGAGGUAAACGUCAACUUAGAGGCCCUCCGCAAACUGCUGAAGCUCAUGCUGGAUCACCUGAGGCUGCUGGGCAUGCAAGACGUGCUCCCCUCGGCUGUGGAGGAGACCCAGCCUGCCGGAUUACACCCUGGCCUGCAGAAGGAGGGCAGGACUGAGGCCGGAGCCCAGGACAUGGGGCAGCAGCCCCAGGAGCCAGGGGAGCAACUGUCCAGGAAGGACCUGCUGCAGGGGACCAAGAGUGGCCCUCCAGUCACCUCCAUGGCCACCGACAUGGAGAAGACUGAAGCCAAAGAGAGUGGCAUCUCUGAUGUAGAGGCUCCUCCCAGCCCCCAGAGUGCUCCCCUUAAGAUACCCCCAUCCUUCUCUGAGGCCACAGCUCUAUCUCAGGAUCCCUAUGAGGAUAUGGCUGGGAUGAAGGCCACACAGUCCCGCAUGGGAGAGGAAAUCCAGAGGAUCAAGGAGGCACUUGGCCAGGCCACAGAUCUCUGUGAGGAUCUCCGCAAAGAGGUCGAUGAAAUGAAGGCCACACAGUCCCACAUGGAAGAAGACAUCCAGAUGAUCCAGAAAGCUCUUGGCCAGCAGAACCUCCAGGAUCCUGUUGGCCAUCCACUGUCCCUCCAUGACCAGCCUGCCUCUACCAAGCCCCACAUUUCAGACAUGGAAACCCUGGGGUCAGGCCCUGAUACCCAGACCACCACCCCAGGGAUAGAGACAGGGACCCCCAGUGCCCAAAGUGGCACCACCGGGACACAGCCUGGAUCCCAAGCAGGUCACCCAGCAGUGGAGAGAAUCACCAGAGACCUGUGUGAGCUCCAAGGCCAGGUCACCUCCCUGCAGGGCCUGGCCAGUGACCUGCAGGGCCUGGCCAGUGACCUGCAGGGCGAGAAGGAGAAGAUCAGGCAGCUGGAGGAUGCCCUCGGAAAGCAACAUGUGGCUCAUGGCAGAGACGAGAUCUCCCAGCUGGAGCCUGCACUGCAGGAGGUUAAACAGGAGCAGAACGAGCUGAGAGAGGAGCAGAAGGAGCUGAGAGAGGAGCAGAAGAUUACCAAGGCCACACUGAAGCAGCUGGUCACAGCCAACCAACUUAAGGAGAAGCUGGAUGAGCUGAGGGCAAUGGUGGGGAGUGUGGAGCAGAAGCAGGCAAAGGCAGCAAGCCCUGACCAGAGCUCAGACACCAAGGUGCUGAAGAAGCUCCUACACGACUAUGAGAUACUCCGUGAGCGGGUGGACUCCUUGGUGCCACAGCAGGUGCAGAGGUCACUGCCACAGAAGAGCCAGGAUGAGGAGCUGCUGAAGAGCAUCCAGGCCACAGUUGUGCGGGUGGAAGGGGACUGUGAGCAGCUUGGCUAUGUCACAGGAAGCCUCCAGGAUGACCAUCGCCAGCAGCAGAAAGAUAUUGAGGCUCUGUUCCGGUCCCUGGAGAGUCUGGAGAAGAAAGCAGACAAGGAGGACCUGCUGCUGCUGAAAGAGGAUAAAGCCUCCCUGGGCAGCAAAGUCAAUUGCACCCAGUUUGAGGUGAGCAUGGAGAGUCUGGAGGAGAGGAUGCGGGAGAUGCUGAAACGAGUGUUGAGCCAGGAGCAGCGCUGGCAGGAGGUCCACCAGCAGCUCCGUGAUGCGCUGGACUCCAAGCUGGAUCGCCUAGAGCUGGGACCUUUCCAGAAGCAGCUGGAGGAGACCUGGGGAAGGAUGAUCAAGGAGCUCAAGGACGAGAUGUCAGUCACUGCAGAUGAUGCUGCAGGAAUUAAACAGCAGCUGCUGGUCCCUUACAAGUGCCUGUCCUGCGACCGGGGCCUCAACAUGCAGGUGCCUGGCCCGCACAUUGACACACUCCCGUUCUAUCCGCCAAUGCCCAUCAGCCAUGCUGCACACCCCACUACCAUCAUCACAGAGGAGCAAGCACAACAGCAUGGUUACAGGAAGCUGCCCAAUGGCAGGUCCCACCUCAAGAUGCAGAGUGACAGAGGCCAGUACACAUCCAAUGCACAGCUCAAGGAUGCCCUGUGGCUCUCCAAAAAGCCUGGUGUGACCAAGCUGCUGGGCACAGAUGGCUGCAUCAAUCACAGACAGGAGCAGAGGCCUAAAGUGACAGUGAGGGCACAGGACAAGCUGGAGCACCGGCCAGCCUCUGACCCCCGCCACUGACCCCGGGCACCAUGGCAUUUGCUGCAAAUCCAGGUCCCCCAGAUGAAGCACCUGGACAGCCAGCAACAGGGCUGGGACAGCUGCCCAAAGAAAAGGGUUUUCUUUCAAAGUUAAUAAAAAAUUUAACCAAUUGU